UGGUUUCGCGAAGCAUCGUAUGAAUCUUUCAGAGAGACAGAGGGAAUGUUUGGAUGCAAAUGUCUGUAUUGGAACAAUCUCAAAGAAUAUCCGCCAUUGAAGGAACCUGAAACCUUCUCUCUCCCUGCUUCUCUUCCCCAGUGGCCUUCAGGUCAAGGCUUUGGUUUAGGAAGAAUCAAUCUAGGCGAAUUAGAAGUCGCAGAGAUCACAAGUUUUGAAUUCGUAUGGCGAUACUGCUCUCGUCGAGAUAACAAGAAGAGUGUUUCCUUCUACAAACCUGACAAAUUACCUGAAGAUUUCCAUUGCUUAGGUCAUUACUGUCAGUCUGAUUCUCACCUCUUGAGAGGUUUUCUUCUUGUAGCAAGACAAGUUAAUAAGUCUUCAGAGCCUGCACUUGUGCAACCACUCGAUUAUACAUUGGUCUGGAGCUCAAAUGAUUUAUCAGAAGAGCGUCAAAGCGAAUCGUACGGUUACUUCUGGUUACCGCAGCCUCCUCAAGGGUAUAAACCGAUCGGAUAUUUGGUUACAACGAGUCCCGCGAAACCUGAAUUGGAUCAAGUUCGAUGCGUUCGAGCUGAUCUAACCGAUAAGUGUGAAGCACAUAAAGUCAUAAUCACCGCAAUAUCGGAUUCUUUAAGCAUUCCUAUGUUUAUAUGGAAAACAAGACCAUCCGACCGCGGAAUGCGUGGCAAAGGAGUCUCAACAGGUACAUUCUUCUGCACAACUCAAUCCCCUGAAGAAGAUCAUCUCAGUACAAUCGCGUGUCUAAAAAACCUCGAUUCGAGUUUACACGCAAUGCCAAACAUCGAACAAAUCCAUGCUAUGAUUCAACACUAUGGUCCAAGAGUUUACUUCCAUCCUAAUGAAGUCUACCUACCUUCUUCAGUCUCAUGGUUCUUCAAAAACGGUGCACUCUUAUGCAGCAAUUCAAAUUCCUCUGUUAUCAACAAUGAACCUAUAGACGAAACCGGCUCGAAUCUACCUCAUGGCGGAACCAACGAUAAGCGAUAUUGGAUCGAUUUACCGAUCAACGAUCAACAAAGACGCGAAUUCAUCAAACGAGGCGAUCUCGAGAGCUCGAAGCUUUACGUUCACGUUAAGCCAGCAUUUGGAGGAACGUUUACGGAUCUUGCGUUUUGGAUUUUUUGUCCGUUCAACGGACCAGCGACUCUGAAGCUAGGGCUUAUGGAUCUCUCGUUGGCUAAAACUGGUCAACACGUUUGUGAUUGGGAACAUUUCACAGUCAGAAUCAGUAAUUUCUCCGGCGAGCUUUACUCUAUUUACUUCUCUCAACACAGUGGCGGCGAGUGGAUCAAACCUGAAAAUCUUGAAUUCGUUGAAGGAAGUAACAAAGCUGUGGUGUACUCGUCGAAGAAUGGUCACGCGAGCUUUUCUAAGUCUGGAAUGUAUUUACAAGGAUCUGCUUUGCUUGGAAUUGGGAUUAGGAAUGAUUCAGCGAAGAGUGAUUUGUUUGUUGAUUCGAGUUUGAAGUAUGAGAUUGUUGCGGCGGAGUAUCUCAGAGGAGCGGUGGUGGAGCCGCCGUGGUUAGGUUAUAUGAGAGAGUGGGGACCGAAGAUUGUGUAUAAUUCGAGAUCGGAGAUUGAGAAGUUGAAUGAACGAUUGCCAUGGAGGUUGAGAUCUUGGGUUGAUGCUGUGUUGAGGAAGAUUCCGGUAGAAUUAUCCGGCGAGGAAGGACCGACGGGACCUAAGGAGAAGAAUAAUUGGUUUGGUGAUGAGAGGUGGUGAUAUUUUUGUAAUGGGCUUGCGAUAUCUGAUAUAUGGGCCUGUAAUAUUUUAUUUCCCAGGCCCAUAACUUCAUGACCCACCAGAAACCUAUUCAUGUGUCCUAUGUUCUUCUCUUCGCUAUAUGAUUCGUGUUACAGUGAAGUGACUAUACUGUAAACUAUAUGAUUAGACAUGAUGGUUUCGGUCUUAAUUGAUAUUUUAUUGAAG